AUGUCUGCUACUAAAGAUCAAAGUAAGGGAACAACUUCCCAGCCACCAAAGGAAGCCAAAACGGACCCCAAACAGCAGAAAGCCCUGAAGGAUCUGGAGGGUCAAAUUAAGGAUUCAGAGGAAGCAAAUAAAAUCGACCGCCAAGCCAUGUUCAGUAUCUAUUUGUUCGAUAGUGUGACCAAGACAAGCCAGAUGGAAAAGUUCGUCACCAUCGGCAGCGUCAAGAAUGUAAAGGACACAACCUUGGCGGAUAUUCGGAGGAGCUUGAUCAGCGAGAACGCCCUGUCCUGGAGACAGAAGUCAAGCAAAUUCUGCAACGACGAUGGAGCUGAAGUGGACGAUAAACUUGGCUUCGAUAUGUACCUGGACUUUCUGAAGAGCAGCGAGGAGAAGCCCAAAGAUGAAGAGGGAUCGAAUGAAGACAGUGGAGGUAAGAGAGCGAAGGGAAACAACAGUCGCCCCAUCACUCGGGAAUCGAGCACCGGCAAAUCAUACAAGGUCUACUUGAAGCAGCGUAAAAUCCCAACCGAGUUGGACGAGGGCACCAAAGAAUUCCUCAAGGAGAAAUUAGACCUCUCGAUCAAUAAACCGGGGUUGACAUCAGCCGAAGUCAACAAGCUGACAAGCUCUUACAAUCACAGCAAUUUCCAAGCUCUUGCUGCUAAAAAGAUCACCCAUCCGGCGGACAUGGGUGAGAGAGAGUGGUACAUUGUCCUUCAGAAUAAUUCUAUCCUCCAUGGCAACUACGUGAGGGAGCUUGCCACUGGCCAGAGAAAGGUCGAACGUGCGAUGUAUCCUGCUUUUGCAUUGAAGCCGCGAAAGUUCCAUGAUUUUGAAAUUAUCUUCAAUAGUGGUGGCAAGGACGGUACCCCUUCAGCUAGCGACAAUGAACCUGUGGUGCAUCACCUGAGGAUUCCUAGGUUUCUUGUACAAGAUGAUUCUUACGUCAAUGUUUCUGAAAACAAGACUUCGGUGGCAGAGGCAAUUGCCGACAGUUCGCUCUCCGAACAUUCAGCCGAGGUCUCUGUAGGGGGAGGAGCAUUCGGCGUCACUGCUGGUGUAAAAGUCGGAUACAAAUCGCAAGCAGAGGUGGAAACAGCGUCAAACACAACUACAGACUCUAGGCGCAUGACAAUCACAUACAAUUUUCCGCGAGUUGUCCUCGAGCUUGAUGGAGAUAGCCUUGAUCUCUCAGACGAAUGCAAGGAAGACCUUAAGAGUAUCUCUACGGCAGAGGCAGUGCAAUUUUUCAGAAGGAAAUAUGGAACUUUCUUUGCCUCCCGAGUUGAGUUAGGUGGACGCCUCCAUUCCUCGGAGAGCAGCGAUUCCUUUGCGGAGGKUAAAGUAGAAGAAAGAGCUCGCGCACUGAAGAUUUCCGCUGCCGCCUCCUUCUCGUCUACAUACGUUCAAGGCUCUGCCAGCGGUAGCAAGGACGAUUCAAGCAACCAUAGCUCAAAUAGCCAGAACAGCAGCUUGAGCAAUAACCUGGCAUGGGAGGCCAAGGGAGGUGACACUUUAUUGUGCAACAACCCUCCUGCCUGGUGCGCUACGGUGGCGUCUUACUACAAUUGGAGGAUCUCCAAGCAAGAUGACCUCCUUUCCAUGGAAGAAAUGAUAUCACUCAUUCCAGGAUAUGACUGGGUUGAACAGAAGUUUAAUAACUUGGCACCCCUCAAGGCAUCACAAAAGCCUGCCCCUGUCCCGGAGGAGUGGGACGGCUGGGUCACAUUCUGGUUGAAGCACUCUAAUGAGGACCUAUUUCCUACAGUCUGCGAAAGUCCCCCAUCCAAUCCUUUCAGUGGUGUUUCCAUGAGUUUAACACCAGCCAUGAGCAAUCAGUUGGGUUCCGCCGCCGUGAAUUUUGCCUCGUUGCAUUCUGUUCAAAUGAGAGCAUCAAUCGAGGAUGAUUCGCAGGUCUACCAAGCUGGUUGCAAGUUUUAUGUGAUCAAAGAAGGAGAAACAGUCCGGCACAGGUUCAAAAGCGGCUUCCAAUAUGUUGUCUGGAACAAGAAGACAAACAUGUACCUGGGAGUGACGCCUCCUGUUCCUGGAGUGACCCAAAAGUCCGAACUGUGCACAACGGACUGGGAACAUCGCUGCACCUUCAGGUUUACGCAUGCCUUCCCAACCGACAAGAUCUACAUUUCAAAUCUCGAUCUUGUCCGCGUGGAAAUCUUUGAUUCUGAGGGGAACCCCAUAGGCCCUAUGAAGGAUAUCCCACCAGUUGGUUCGUAUGGAACAACUGGUGAUAUAUUCCAGUUCCGUUACGCGGGUGAACCUUGGAAAUAG